AUGUCCGCAGAAGACUUUCCUCCAGCUGAAAUGCCCACUCCUUCGCCCCACUUCAGCGUUACUGAUGUGAUCGUCGUCGUGGCGUAUUUCCUUUUGAAUUUGGCAGUGGGGAUAUGGGUAAGGUGGGCAAAUAAUCGGUUUAACGGCCUGAUCGACUAUGCGGCGGCUUCAGUUGACCAAUGGCACUGAGCAUUCGGGGGAUGCCAUCUUUUUAAAAGAAGCAGUUUGGAUUCUGCUGCCUGGGCACAGAACAUGCUCAGCCGUAUUGGGCUGUUUUCUCCCCACCCCCCUUAGUUCCCCCGCUACCAGAAUUUGUUUGCAUUUCUGCAAAUCUAGAUGCUCUGCCGAACCUGCCGAUAUCUCCCUGUUGCACGUAACUGGUGCCAUUUUUACUGAGCGCUCACGCCUGAAUGUCAGAAAUUAGAGGGAGUAUUAUUAUGGUUAUCAUUACCCAUCCUGUCUCUAAAAAUAAAGUAAGAUUCUAGUCCUCCUGGUUUUGAAUAAAGGGCGAAAUUAAAUAGGAAUCUGCUUUGCACCGAGUCAGAACAUCAGUCCAUCUAGUUGGGUGUUGUUUGCAACAGAUUCCAACAAUCUUUUGCUGAGAUUUCGAACCCCAGGCCUAGGUGGCUAAAUCCGACCCUCUAAGCCCCCUCUCAGCUGGCUGCACCUCUGCUUUGCACCCUCCUUUGGUGUCUGUCUCGAAAAUGUCUGCCUGGAAUAAUUAUUAUCAUCUUUCUGAAUCAGAAUUUUGUUUAUUGCCUGCACCCAAAGGUCCCAGGGUGGGUCAAAGCAAUUUAAACACAACUUUUUAGGAACCAACUGCAGCUUGCAAAGAGUUCCAGCUUCAACCCAUGGCAUCUAGGGCUAGGAAUGCACCCCCCCUCCGCCCACUUUGAAUUCCCAGAGAGCUGCUGCCAGUCAGUGUAAACAAUAUAGGAGUUAGAUGGGCCAAUGUUCCUACUAGGAGUGGGGCAGCUUCCUAUGUUCAAAAGAGGGUGGGUCUGAGAAAUACGCAGCCCAACUGUGAAAGACCAGGGAAAAGAGGCGUAUCUUCAGAGUAUGAUGCGAACCAUAUAGGGAAGGAGCCAGGCAUGCCUCUGUGGGGAGGGAUUUCCACAAUUUAGGGGCUGCCACAGAGAAGGCCCUGUACCUGGCCACCCCCUACCCAACUUCUUAGGGUGGUGGAAAUAUGAAGAGGGCGCCCUCUGCCGAUCUAAAGACCCAGGAGACUCUAUAGCAGCCUUUCUCAACCUGUGGGUCCCCAGAUGUUGUUGAACUACAACUCCCAUCAUCCCUAGCUAGCAAGGCCAGAGCUCAGGGAUGAUGGGAGUUGUAGUCCAACAACAUCUGGGGACCCACAGGUUGAGAACCACUGCUCUAUAGGGAAGGAGGUGGUCUUUCUGAUACUUGGGGGCUAUAUUGUGGGGCAGGAGGAAAUCUCUGUCUGGUUUCCAUGCUCUAGGCACGGUUCGUCUGUCACCCACCCCCUGCUUAGUUGUCUCUUUGCCUGUCCAGUCUUCCUGCAGGGCAAACAGAAACACUUUAAGUGGAUACUUCCUGGCUGGGAGGAACAUAGUCUGGUGGCCGGUAAGUAGAUGCAACUGCCUGUUUGAUUUUGGGGAUCCACAAGGUUUCAUCCAAGCCUCACAGAGGGCGGUGACUUACAUGCAUUGUUGGGAAAAGAGCAAGUGUCGUCCCCCCCCCCCAAAAAAAAUAGGGCACAAGAACAUGCAGAUCUGCAUAAAAUUUGCACAUGCUAAUUUAUAUUUCUAGAUGCAUGUUUGGAAAGUCACUUUCAUCCAAAGCAGACCCAUUGGAAAUAAUAGCUCUAAGUGACCCACAUGCAUUAAUUUCAGUGGGUCUACUCAGAGUAGGACUACCGCUGGGUACAAGCCAACUAGGUAAAGUUAAAGGUACCCCUGACCGUUAGGUCCAGUCGUGGACGAUUCUGGGGUUGCAGCGCUCAUCUCGCUCUAUAGGCUGAGAGAGCCGCUGCUGCUGUAGAGAAGGAAAAGGAGCGAGCCAGGGCUGCCCCGACCUUAAGAGCACCUAGGUAAACCCGCCCCUACCGGCAGCUGAUUAGCUGGUCCGGGGGUGAUGAAUAUGAAUGAGACUGGGGAAUCCCUGACUCCCGCGGGGCUGCCGCCAGCCCCGCGAGAUUGUAGACGGGGGCGUGAGCCCGCAACCCCCCCUCCUUAGGUCGGGAGUGGCUUUGUCUGCAGACAGCUUCCGGGUCAUGUGGCCAGCAUGACUAAGCCGCUUCUGGAGAACCAGAGCAGCACACGGAAACGCCUUUUACCUUCCCGCCAGAGUGGUACCUAUUUAUCUACUUGCACUUAGACGUGCUUUCGAACUGCUAGGUUGGCAGGAGCUGGGACCGAGCAACGGGAGCUCACCCUGUCGUGGGGAUUCGAACCGCCGACCUUCUGAUCGGCAAGUCCUAGGCUCUGUGGUUUAACCCACAGCGCCACCCGCAUCUCACAAGCCAACUGCUGCAGUACUAAUGCCAAUACCAAUACCAUGCAGUUGUUAGUUGGAGUGUUCGACUGGGACCUGAGAGACCAGGGUUCAAAUCCCCACUCAGCCGUGGGCCAGUCCCUGCCUCUCGGCCUAACCUACCUCACAAGGUUGUGGGGGAUUAAAUGAGAACGGGAAGAGUUGGAAGGGACCACAAGGGUUCUACAUACCAACCGGUUGCGAUGCAGGAAUCUUUUCCCAACGUGGGACUCGAACCCACAACCUUGAGAUGAAGAGUCUAAUGCUUUACCAACUGAGAGAUCCUUGGAGGAAAAAAAGUGGUAUAUAAAUACAGUGAUACCUCUGGUUAUGUACUUAAAUCGUUCCGGAGGUCUGUUCUUAACCUGAAACUGUUCUUAACCUGAAGCACCACUUUAGCUAAUGGGGCCUCCCGCCGCCGCCGCGCGAUUUCUGUUCUCAUCCUGAAGCAAAGUUCUUAACCCAAGGUACAAUUUCUGGGUUAGCGGAGUCUGUAACCUGAAGCGUCUGUAACCUGAAGCGUAUGUAACCCGAGGUACCACUGUACAAUAAAUGAAUGGACCAGGUGACCUGUGUGCCUGCUCAGUCAGGGCCAUCUUUACCUGGGGGUGCAAAUUCUGGGGGGUGCCCAGCGCCUGCCGCUGAAGCCGUCUAAGCUCUUAACUAUCUACCUGUUAUGAAAUAAUAAAUAAUUUGAUCAAGCUAGAAAAACAAAAUACAGAUAUACCUAGGUAUUACCAAAAUGUAUACCUACUGUUUCACUAAAGGACUUUCGACUUUGUGCGCUCAUUUACCGAAGACGUGCUGCGCCAGCGGUGGUGCUUUUCAUUCACAACAGCAACAUUUUCCAGACUCAACAACGGCGCUUGUCAUUUUCAACGGUGCCAUUCAUGCAAAAUUAACUAAAUUUGGGGGCUCUGGGCAGAUCUUUGCACCCCGGAAGGCGCAUAAAAAUGGCCCUGCGCUCAGUCCAAACUCUUCUCUGUCCUCUUUCUUUCCGGCACCCUGUUAAAACAUUUUUGUUUCACAAGCCUAUUGAAAAGUUACACAAAUUUUCAUUUUAACUACUGCUGCUUUGGGAGGUACGUUUAAAUACCUGAUGUUUAACUCUUUCCAAUCGAUAAUUUUAAUGCUUUAUUGUUAUUUUUUUGUAAUUCGCUUAGGGUUUUUGCAAUUUGUUUGGUAUAAUAAUAAUAAUAAUAAUAAUAAUAAUAAUAAUAAUAUUGGCUGCUUUUGGCCUGCAGAUCGGUGCCUCGCUCUUUGCCAGCAGCGAAGGAUCGAGCCUUUUCAUUGGACUGGCCGGCACGGCGGCUGCAGGAGGGGUAGCAGUGGCCGGCUUCGAAUGGAAUGUGAGUAGUGCCGGAUUUACGUAUAAGCUGAACAAGCUAUAGCUUAGGACUCCACUCUCUUGGGGGUCCCCCAGAAAAUUUCAAGGGGAAAAAACCCUGGAUGUACAAUUCCAAAAUAUAAGAUAAAAAACAAAUAAAAUAAAACCUACAUACAGUUAGAGCUUCAUAAUUAUUUCACUAUUAAUAUACUUCUUAAUUGUGUUUCACUAUUAAUAUACUACCGGUGCUGAAGAAACUGAAAUUGACCAAUUCUAUGAAGACUUACGGGACGCAGAUGGCGCUGUGGGUUAAACCACAGAGCCUAGGGCUUCCAGAUCAGAAGGUUGGCGGUUCGAAUCCCCGCGACGGGGUGAACUCCCGUUGCUCGGUCCCAGCUCCUGCCAACCUAGCAGUUCGAAAGCGUGAAGUGCAAAUAGAUAAAUAGGUACCACUCCGGCGGGAAGGUAAAUGGCGUUUCCAUGCACUGCUCUGGUUCGCCAGAAGCAGCUUAGUCAUGCUGGCCACAUGACCCGGAAGCUGUACGCCGGCUCCCUCGGCCAAUAAAGCGAGAUGAGCGCCGCAACCCCAGAGUCGGCCACGACUGGACCUAAUGGUCAGGGGUCCCUUUACCUUUAUGAAGACUUACAACACCUUCUAGAAAUGACACCAAAGCAGGAUGUUCUUCUCAUUAUAGGGGAUUGGAAUGCUAAAGUAGGGAGUCAAGAGAUAAAAGGAACAACUGGAUGGUUGAACCACUUUGGAAAUUUCAGCUAGUGGUUAUGUCCGAAGCACAAAUCCCUUUUCUUUUACACAUAUGCACCGAUGUGUAGGACUACACUUAAGUGUUUUUAUAUCUUUUUCCAGGCCACCUUUGUGCUUCUGGCAUUGGCCUGGGUGUUUGUUCCCGUCUACAUCUCUUCAGGGGUAAGUUGAGAACUGGGUUUGGUCCUGUCCUUUGGUGUGUAGCCUUCCUGCACCUCCAACAGCUGCUUUUUAUGACCUCUCCCGCACUAAUUCAGUGCUGCCUGCCCAGGCGGCUGAGGCUCACGGCCUUCUCUCUACUUGGCAAUUCAAAUAAUAAUAAUAAAUAUUGGUGCCAAAGAAGGACAGAACCUUUUUUAUGUAUGCCACAACAGCAGCAAGAAUACUCAUUGCAAAGUAUUGGAAGACACAAGAUUUACCCACUCUGGAAGAAUGGCAGAUGAAGGUGAUUGACUACAUGGAAUUGGCAGAAAUGACUGGCAGAAUCCGAGACCAGGGAGAAGAGUCAGUGAAAGAAGACUGGAAGAAAUUUAAAGACUAUUUACAGAAAUAUUGUAAAAUUAAUGAAUCUUAGAAGGAUGUUGGAUAGAAACUAAGUGGUUUCCAGCUGUAAUGCUUUAAGAGAUACGAAAACAACGUUCCACUAAAUGGGUAAAAGCUUUAUAUGGUAAGGAUUUGGCUGAACUAACAAACUGAACCUGGAAUACAAAAAGGCGAGGUACGAGGAGGUCCUGGGAAAUAAGUCGUAAGGAAGAUAUGCUAUGGAAAAUUAAUGUGUUUUUAACUGUUUUUAUUUUGUAUGUUUCUUUUUAUUUUUCAUUUCUUUGCUAUACCUUAAAAACUUUAAUAAAUAUCUCUAACUAUCAAAAAAACAAACAAACAAAAAACAAAUAAUAAUAAUAAAUAUCUUGCAAGGCUCCUGGGUGAAAAGCCACCACAAUUUAUUUUAACGUGAUUCUAAUGCUGUAUUUUACGUUGCCGUAACCUGCCCCGGGACUGUCAGAUAAUAAACAGCGCGACUCCCCGGCGAGGCAGGUUUUCCACAUUUCUGCAAGAGUUUGUCACCAUGGAAAUUCACCUGUGUUUUAGUGCAAAUUCCUUUUUGGUCAUACAAUCCAAUUUUGGUCAUACAAUCCAAUUGGAAAAUUGGGAAAGCUUGUGGAAGGUGGAUAUCAAUUUCACAGCCUGUUAUACGAUAAAAGAGAACAUGAUUUUACUGCUGUUACCUCACUCUGGAAAAAUUGACUAAGAUUUACAAAAAACAGUCAAACUUAUGCUGGAGAUGUAAGAGGGAGGUGGGAACCUUUUAUCACACAGGGUGGGGAUGUAAAAUUGUAAGGAAAAUUUGGAACGAGGUAUAUGAGGAGCUGAAAAAAUUAUUCAAGAUUUCGUUUUUCCAAAAAGCCAGAGGCCUAAUAUCAAAUGACAUUCCCAGAGAGAAGAAAAAUGUAUUCCUUUACCCAACAUCUGCCCCCCCACCAAUAUAGGCAUUCUUAUCCACACUUUUUGCUAAGAUGUACUUUUUUGUACACAUUAUUUGGCUGGGGAACAGCAGCACAAAAUUCGGAAAAGUGCAAAUUAUGCUGUGUUUUGGUUUGCAUGCAAAGUGAAAAUUGGGCUAGGCUCACGUUAAAAUCUGAAUGGAGCUGCCAUUUCCUCCACCCCGAAUUAUAACACUGGUGUUUGAUUCUUUCCCUUCCUUUCCCUUCCUCCGAUCAGAUUGUCACCAUGCCAGAAUACCUCCAGAAGCGUUUUGGCGGGGAGAGAAUUCGGAUAUACCUCUCAUCCCUGUCUCUCCUGCUUUCCAUCUUCACCAAGAUAUCGGUGAGUGGCUGCUAGCCAGCGAAAUAAUGCCUCUCAAAUACGGCGGGGCGGGGGCAAAAAUAUAAAUAAAACCAAUAAAUGAAGUAGACAACCAUUCUGGGGUGUUUAAACCUCUCUGCCCUGCCCAGCCCCCAAGGAAGAUGCCAGUUGUUGUUGUUUAGUUGUUUAGUCGUGUCCGACUCUUCAUGACCCCCUGGACCAGAGCACGCCAGGCACUCCUGUCUUCCACUGCCUCCCGCAGUUUGGUCAAACUCAUGCUGGUUGCUUUGAGAACACUGUCCCACCAUCUCGUCCCCUUCUCCUUGUGCCCUCCAUCUUUCCCAACAUCAGGGUCUUUUCCAGGGAGUCUUCUCUUCUCAUGAGGUGGCCAAAGUCUUGGAGCCUCAGCUUCAGGAUCUGUCCUUCCAGUGAGCACUCAGGGCUGAUUUCCUUCAGAAUGGAGAGGUUUGAUCUUCUUGCAAUCCAUGGGACUCUCAAGAGUCUCCUCCAGCACCAUAAUUCAAAAGCAUCAAUUCUUUGGCGAUCAGCCUUCUUUAUGGUCCAGCUCUCACUUUCAUACAUCACUACUGGGAAAACCAUGGCUUUAACUAUACGGACCUUUGUUGGCAAGGUGAUGCCAAUUACCCGAUGCAAAAUUGGGGACGGGUCAGUAACCUCUAUUUAGCAAAUCCGCACAGAUCUGCUGAGGAAGUGGGGGGAGAGGAAGGUGUGUAGAAUGUGGGGGGGCACCCCUGGCUUGCGAACCUCCCCCCCCAAAGUUUGUUCAAGGGUCAUUGUGGCCCCUGGGAUAAAAAAAAGAGAGAUUAGCCUCCUGUGUUUUUAAAUGGCUUGGUAGCCCAGUUGGUAAAGCAUGAGACUCUUAAUCUCAGGGUUUUGGGUUCGGGAGCCAACUUUGGGCAGAAGAUUUCUGCAUUGCAAGGGGUUGAACUAGAGGGCCUUUGCGGGCCCUUCAAACUCUGUGAUUCUGUGGUUUGAAAUUAUAUUUGAUUACUGUUUUGAUGUGCGUUUGGACACUGCUUUUGGAAUAGUGCCUUUUUAGCAAGCAGGCUAGGAAACUAAAAAAUAAAAUAAACAUGGAUCCCAGGCUUGAUCCCAGAUGUCCAUAUUGCAAGGUAGAGAAAUGACCUCUGCCUGUGACCUUCCCCAAUGGGUCACUGGGACCUAAUCUGACCUACCUAUCUCAGAUGAUGGUUCAGGCGUCAUAUAGCUCUCUCGUCAGCAGGAGGCGCUGUUGGCCAAGUUGCUGUCCCGACCCUGAGCUUCCUGUGGCCUGUUUUCUUUUGCUGAAUAUUAUUCUGCCUCCGUCUGUUUUGACACCGGCACACCCUUGCUUGUUUCCCAGAAAAACCUUUGGGCAACAGAUCUGUUCUCUAAGAGGAGGCUUAAAUAUACGAAGCACGAUCAGGACGAAAUUAAGCCCUUUUACAUCCCAUUGAGUUAAGGGUUGAAGUGCGCGCUUAACUUUCCUUGUCAAAACCAGUGGGAAUUAAACGAGCGUAAUGUUUCUUUAUAGGCCAAUUUUAAAAGCAAUAAACUUCAGCUGAGUCAUGAUGUUAUGGGGACAAUUACUGCUGUUUGGAAUAAGUAUAUAUAAUGAAUGACCUUAUUAUUAUCUUGUAUAAUAUGGUCCAAGGAGGGGAGGUUGAUUAAUGGUUACUAUGAUGGCUUUUUCGAACCUCCAGCCUCAGAGGCAGUCUACCUCUGAAUCCCACUUAAUAGAUCGGGUGAGGAAUGAGAUUCAGCUGGUGGACUUAGAUCCUUACCUGCCCUCCCACUCCCAAGGGGCCAGCUUUGAAAGCUGGUUAGGGCUGUUCACCUGCCAGUCACAUAACAUUACAGUGAAGUCAGGUGACCUGUGCGGUUUGAAAUCUAAUCGCACUGUGCUUUGCAAGUGCUGGCGACCAGCUGGUCAUUGGCAGGACUUGGGGAAGUGGCCGGGCUUUCCAGGUGUCAAUGAACAGCUGAUUGACAGCACCUCCUUGCGGCCAGCUUAAUGGUGUAGAGAGGAAAUGCCACUGUGGGGGUUUCUUGGACCAAACUUGGGAGAAGAAUUUACGGUAUAAGAAGGUCACAGCAAGAGGUUCUGAGGGACACAGCAGGUAUAAUUAAUUAGUUGUAAAGUGGCUGAGCGUCUUGAUCAACCGCAUCUAAUAAGGUACUUCCUGGGAGGAAGUGUUUAAUUGGGAAAAGGAAGGCUAAUUAGAUUACUGAGAAGAUCUGAAUGGAGAACCUGGUUCUCAACAACCCGGUUGGUUCCCUAAGGGCUCAGUCCAAGGACUGAAUCGUCCUUGUCUGGUAAUAGCAUUUGUCACCUCUGUGUAGCUCUUGCUCAGGAGUCAGAAUAAAUGUGGGCAUACCAAAACCUUGCAUAUCUAACCUAAUAGCCCGAAUGACUUCUUCUUCUUCUUCUUCUUCAUAAUAAUAAUAAUAAUAGUAAUAAUAAUGUUGUUGUUUAGUCGUUUAGUUGUGUCUGACUCUUCGUGACCCCCUGGACCAGAGCAUGCCAGGCACUCCUGUCUUCCACUGCCUCCCGCAGUUUGGUCAGACUCAUGCUGGUAGCUUCGAGAACACUGUCCAACCAUCUCGUCCUCUGUCGUCCCCUUCUCCUUGUGCCCUCCAUCUUUCCCAACAUCAGGGUCUUUUCCAGGGAGUCUUCUCUUCUCAUGAGGUGGCCAAAGUAUUGGAGUCUCAGCUUCAGGAUCUGUCCUUCCAGUGAGCACUCAGGGCUGAUUUCCUUCAGAAUGGAUAGGUUUGAUCUUCUUGCAGUCCAUGGGACUCUCAAGAGUCUCCUCCAGCACCAGAAUUCAAAUUCAAAUAAUAAUAAUAACAAUAAUUAUAUAUUAUGUUUCUGCAUCCCUCAAUCUUGGCUCCAGGCCAAAUUGGCAAAGCAGUGUAAAAGGCUGUGACCAGAUGAAUCCUUGUUUAUUUAUUACAGUGGUACCUCAGGUUACAGACGCUUCAGGUUACAGACUCCGCUAACCCAGAAAUAAUACCUCGGGUUAAGAACUUUGCUUCAGGAUGAGAACAGAAAUCGUGCUCCAGCAGCGAGGCAGCAGCAGGAGGCCCCAUUAGCUAAAGUGGUACCUCAGGUUAAGAACGGACCUCCAGAACGAAUUAAGUUCUUAACCCGAGGUACCACUGUAUUACAUUUAUAUACCACCGUUAUCUCCCAAGGAUCUCAAAGUGGUGUUCAUGGUUCUCCUCCUCCUCAUUUUAUCCUCACGACGCAACCCUGUGAGGCAGGUCAUGCUAAGAGAUGGCGACUGCCCCAAGGUCACCCAGUGAGCUUCAUGGCUGGGUGGGGAUUUGAACCCUGAUCUCCCAGGUCCUGGUCCGACACUCUCACCCAGGCACCCCUGAACUCGGCCUUCCAGAUGUUUUGGGACUACAACUCCCAUCAUCCCUGACCACUGGUCCUGUUAGCUAGGGAUGAUGGGUGUUGUAGUCCCAAAACACCUGGAGGGCUGAGUUUGGGGGUGCCUGCUCUAACUAUUAGGCCACAUUGUCUCUUGUGUGAGAGGUGUGGCCUGGAGGGGAAGUGACGGAGGAGGAGGUGGAGCCUGGGGAGAAAUAUAAGUGCAAAAUGUAGAGGCCAAGGAGGUAAUAUUUUGCCCCUGGCCCUGAGCUUCCUCGCCCCUGUUUAAUGUGUGAAACAACACAUCUAAAAAAUAAGGAAGCUCUGAACUAUCCACCUUCAUCCCUUUGCUGCUGUAGAUUCUUGCAAAGCACAUUCAAACGUCUGUUGUCAUCUUGGGCUCCCCCGUCACACCUAGGUGUGACUUGCAGACUCCUGUCCAUUGUUAUCCCCACGCCCCUCGCUGGCCCUGCCUGGGAUCUUUCUCGGUUCCCCAAAAGGACAUGCCGUCUUGCGGGCCGCCUUGCCAAGGCUGGUCCCUAUUCUUUAAUUGCAUUGCAACAGCUCUCUGAGUCACUCCCUAUUCAGCCACGGAGUGACUGGUCCGGUCCGGGAGAUUAAGCGAGCAUCUCACCCCCUUCACGGGAGAUUUGGAUAAUCUUUGUUGACAGCGAGUUAUUGAGAUGAAUGUCUGCAGACACGCGGGAUGGUGUGAAGAGGUGGGGCAAUUUAUUCAGGCCAGGUAUUUUGCUGACGGUAAGCACCUGCAGAGGUCGGGUGCUUGGGAGGCAGCUGGGAGAAAUGGACCCAAGCCAACGGGAGAGGCUUUUCCAAGCAUGGAGACGGUCAGGGUUAAUAGAGGGGCGAGAUGUUUCUUUGGGUAUCCUGGUCCCUAUACAACAGGGGAGGGGGACAUGUGGCUAUCCAAAUAUUGUUGGACUCCAGUUUUCAAAUGCCCCAUCGAUAGGGUUGUCAGGUCGGGAGCUUCCCAGAUCCUGAGCAUACCCUCCAACAUUUCUCCAAUGAAAAUAGAGACACCCUGUUCCAUAAUCAUAAUCAUAUUUAUACCCUGCCCAUCUGACUGGUUGCCCUGGCCACUCUGGGUGGCUUCCAACAUAUAUAAAAACCAUAACAAACUAUUAAACAUUAAAAAAAAACACCUUCCCUAUACAGGGCUGACUUCAAAUGUCUUCUAAAAUUUGUAUAGUUAUUUAUCUCCUUGGCUCAGGGGUUGCAUAACUCCUUACCCUCCAACAUUUAUCUGAUGUAAAUAGGGACAUCCUAAGGGAAAGCGGGGCACGCGGGUGGCACUGUGGGUUAAACCACAGAGCCUAGGGCUUGCUGAUCAGAAAGUUGGCGGUUCGAAUCCUUGCGGCGGGGUGAGCUCCCGUUGCUCCUGCCAACCUAGCAGUUUGAAAGCACGUCAAAGUGCAAGUAGAUAAAUAGGUACUGCUCCGGCGGGAAGGUAAACGGUGUUUCCGUGUGCUGCUCUGGUUCGCCAGAAGGGGCUUAGUCAUGUUGGCCACAUGACCCGGCCGAUAAAGCGAGAUGAGCACUGCAACCCCAGAGUCAGCCACGACUGGACCUAAUGGUCAGGGGUCCCUUUACCUUUACCUUUAAGGGAAAGCGGGAUGUUCUGGGAUCAAAUCAGAAACUGGGACGGCUUCUGUAAAUCUGGGUUUGUCCCUGGAAAACAAGGGUCUGUGUUUUCAGGGCCCAGACCUGAGACCUAGGAGACACCCCCGGGGAAGUCAUGGGGAGGGAGACAGGGGCUGGCCCAAGAGUUAACCAAGUGAGCUUCAUGGCUGAGUGGGGAUUUGAACCCUGGUCUCUCUCCCGGGCCCUAUUCCAACACCACUCAGCCUCGCUUACAGAGAGGCAGAGCUGGAAAGUUUUUACUAUUAUCCCGAUAAGACGGGGAAUUGGAACACUGCGUGCUUUGAUUUAAAAGUCUUCCUUUGGAGCAGUUCAAAGAUAACUUUCCCGGAAAGGAUGGGUAAAAAUCUCACCCCACCUUAGAAGUCUUGCUUCUGCUGCCAGCCCCAAAUAAGUGUAAGGUUUUCACUGACGAACACAAGCAACUGAUGUUCCUCCUCCCGGGAGCUGUUGAGACGGACUUCAAAGGCUUUUUAUAGCUGCUAUUUUUCUUUUAUGAAUGGGCCAGGCCUGCUUCUCCUUCUCCCCCUCGAUUUAUUUUCGAAACGAGGCUGUUGUUGUGCUGAGAAGCCAUCUUAACAAGCUCCCUCGCCUGUCCGUCCCUGCCGAAUAAUACGAGAGGAAGCUGGAGGGGCCGUGUUUUGGUAUUCCAAGAAGAGGAAUGAUGAUGGUUUCUUUAAUGGGAUGCAGAUGGCUGCCAACACCUUAAACAUCCUCCGCCCUCUCUAAGUAAUUAUGAAAGCUUUGCUUUCACCUGCCAUUGCAGCUUGCCAAAUUGCAGCUUGCCAAAGCAGGGGGGAAAGGCGAGGUGAGAGGGAUGUGUCUCGGGGAAUAGAGACCCCGCUGGUCCUCCAGAGAUUUGAGGGACUCCAACUCCCAUCAGACCCGGCUAGCAUGGCCAAUGGCCUGGGAUGAUGGGAGUUGUAGUCUAGCAACACCGGGAGGGCUGCCUGAGGGAGGUGGGCUUUCAACAACGCAGGGAAGAUGAGACUUCUGCUUCACAUCUCUCCCACCCAGAUAGUCUGGUGAGAUGGCAUACUUAGGAACAAUCCACGAUCACUGCAGAUCCAUGGGCUCCAUGAUCACUGCAGAUGGUGACAGCAGUUACAAAAUUAAAAGACACCUGCUUCUUGGGAGAAAAGCAAUGACAAACCUAGACAGCAUCUUAAAAAGCAGAGACAUCACCUUGCCAACAAAGGUCCAUAUAGUUAAAGCUAUGGUUUUCCCAGUAGCGAUGUAUAGAAGUGAGAGCUGGACCAUCAAGAAGGCUGAUCGCCGAAGAAUGGAUGCUUUUGAAUUCUGGUGCUGGAGGAGACUCUUGAGAGUCCCAUGGACUGCAAGAAGAUCAAACCGAUCCAUUCUGAAGGAAAUCAGCCCUGAGUGCUCACUGGAAGGACAAAUCCUGAAGCUGAGGCUCCAAUACUUUGGCCACCUCAUGAGAAGAGAAGACUCCCUGGAAAAGACCCUGAUGUUGGGAAAGAUGGAGGGCACAAGGAGAAGGGGACGACAGAGGACGAGAUGGUUGGACAGUGUUCUCGAAGUUAGCAACAUGAGUCUGACCAAGCUGUGGGAGGCAGUGGAAGACAGGAGUGCCUGGCGUGCUCUGGUCCAUGGGUCCAAGAGUCGGACACGACAAAACGACUAAACAACAACGAAAGGAACGAUCCUGAGUGUGGCAUGGUAAUCUUGGUGACCAAAGUGGGGAGUAGGGUUUCCACAUGGUGCCUUGAAGCUCUUGGAAAUCUGUCUCCAGAAGUCUCUGUUCAACAAUUGAUUUGGUGCCCUUUUGGUCCACGGUGAAGCUGAACCUCCAUGGGCAGGGGCAGUCUUGCUGUUUGCAGGGGUGGGGGAAGAAACAGUGACAGAGGAAGGCUGCUGCCCUGCCUCUGCCUCAUCUGCGGAUUGCCUGGAAGGAUCUGGCUCCUGCCCCACCCCUGGACCUUUGGUCUAAUCCAGCUGUUGUUUUCUGAAAUGAAUCAAUGGCUCUCUCUCUCACAGGGAACUAUAUGCAACACUGGCAAGCAUGCUUUUAUAGGGCGUUGGAGAGGGUCACAUGACUUGCUCUGGCCAAUGCAGAUGCUUUCUUGCUGGCCUCCCUGCAACUGCCUCCUCUGGCCACUUGGUGGCAGGCUCGCAGCGGCUCUUGAACCCUGGGCUGGAGUGGCGCUAGACUCUGGCGCCACCACAGAGCUCUGGCCGGAAGGGGGAACUACAGGGUGGUGUACCUCUCAGACCGCAGCAGCUUAUGGGAUCAGGCUUGGUUUGGUUCCCCGGUAAAAGUCUGGUUGCUCCCUGAUUUAAGCAACAAUGCUCAUCUGCAGCUGCUCUUCAAGGGUGCAAGACUCAUUGUUCUGUCGUUUUCCCCCCUGCGAUGGCCCUGUGGAACUGGUGGUGCCUUUAAAUGUCAGAACUGUUCUCAGCAUCCCAAGGCAAGAGGCUCAAGUAGGUCACCCCCUUGUCAGCCUUCUGGGCCUCAGCCCCGGGGCAUUGCCAUGCCAAGAAGGGGCGAGGUGCGUGCCACGCUUGGGUUAUGCCAGAGCAGCCCGUAAUCCUGCAAAGAAUGUAAGGUCUCACCCCGUCCCGCUGCCUCUGAUGUGGUCCAGGUGUGUGAACCGAGAACAGGAACUGAGAUCUGUAAGCAACAGCACCACUGGGGUGGCACAAGCGCUUGUGUGUUUUGAAGGAGGUGCCGAGGUCUGCACUCGUUACCAAUUUGCUACCAGGCCACGUUCAAAGGGUUGCUAUUAGAAUGGAAAGUCCUUAACAACUUGGGACAGGUUUGCCUGCGAGAUCGCCUUGCCCCAAAUAUACCCACGUGGCUGCUUUGAUGGGUGGAACUGAUCCCGUUACAAGUGCCCCAUAAUACCCGUUCCUCAUGGACCAUUUAGUGUAUCUAAACUCUGGAACUCCCCGACUCUUGACACCAGGCAGCCGCCUCCGCUGUGCUCUUUUCGGCGCCUACUAAAACAUUUUUCUUUAGACAAGCCUAUGCAUACAUUUAGAAAGCUGGCCUGUGUUUCCAUCUGUUUUUAGUUCAUUGCUGAUUUUGUUUUGAUUUAAAGAGUCUUUGUUCUUUCCACUGACAGAACUACAAUUCCCAGAGUGCAGUUGAUCCCUCUCUGCAGGGAACUUUGGGAAUUAUAGUUCUGGGAGGGGCAUAGGAGCCUGCAAACAACUCCCGGCACCCUCAAUGAACUAAAGCUCCCAGAAUGCUUUGGGGGAAGCCGCGGCUGUUUAAAGUGGCGUUGUAGUUCAAACGUAUGGCGUGGAUGGGGCCGCGAUAUGUUUCUGAAUACCAGUUGAAGGCGUUUGCAUGUGAAGAGAGGUCUAUUGUAUUAAUGUUCUGCUUGUAGCCUGUCUAUCAGCAUCAGAUAGGCCACUGCAAGAAUCUGGAUGCUGGAGUAUCAGACAAGCCCUUGAUCUGAUCUAGGAGUGCUCUUUUUUUCUGCAGCCCCUGAAGAAUGUUUUUAACCAGGUUUCCUCAACCUCGGCCCUCCAGAUGUUUUUGGCCUACAACUCCCAUGAUCCCUAGCUAGCAGGACCAGUGGUCAGGGAUGAUGGGAAUUGUAGUCUCAAAACCUCUGGAGGGCCGAGGUCGAGGAAGCCUGGUUUAAACCCUGAAAAUUGGCGACUCUAAUGGUUUGGACAAGACUUCCCCAAAGGGCAGCAGCAGCGACAAAGGGCAGUCAGUUGGUAGAGCAUGAGAUCUCAGGGUGGUGGGUUUGAGCCCCAUGUUGUGUGAAAUAUUCCUGCAUUGCAGGGGGUUGGACUAGAUGACCCUUGUGGUCCUUUCUAACUCUACAAUUCUAAUAAUAAUAAUAAUAAUAAUAAUAAUAAUAAUUAAUAAUUUAUUACUUAUACCCCGCCCAUCUGGCUGGGCCUCCCCAGCCACUCUGGGUGGCUUCCGAUAGAACAUUUAAAAUUCAUUAAAAUGUCACACAUUAAAAACUUCCCUAAACAGGGCUGCCUUCAGAUGUCUUCUAAAAGUCAGAUAGUUGUUUACUUCCUUGACAUCUGACGGGAGGGCAUUCCACAGGGUGGGUGCCAUUACCGAGAAGGCCCUCUGUCUGGUUCCCUGUAACCUCACUUCUCGCAGUGAGGGAACCGCCAGAAGGCUCUUGGAGCUGGACCUCAGUGUCCGGGCUGAACGAUAGGGGUGGAGACACUCCUUCAGGUAUACUGGGCCGAGGCCGUUCAGGCAAUUGGCCAGGGACAGAUGUCUAAGGAAUUAGGAACCUCUGGAACGUAUGAGGAAAAACAACAGAGCAAAGCUUUUGUGGUUUUUAGCCAGACCGGGAAAACAGCACAGCAUUCAUAUUUCUGGGUGACCUAAUGCUGGCGUGAUCUGACUUGGAAAAGGCUGCUGUGUGUGAGGGUGAAGACUCGUGAGGAGAGAGAAGGGAGGGCCCCGGACGACUUGUUUGAUGCCUCCCAAGUUGCUGCAGGAGAGGGCGUGGGGCAGGGCAAGCUCUGGCGGGGAGAGGGAACAGGUUGUAGUUCCAUUUGCGUUGUUUCCUUGCCCUGAUUGAAACGAGAUCAGACAGAGCAUGAAACAAGGGCGCCUGGGUACUUUGGGGCCCUUGCGCUGCCUCAGAGAGGGCAGGCGCCAGCAAGAAGCAUCACUGGGUAUCCGUCAAGGACCCCCCACUUCUGCAAGGGGUCCACAGCUGGUCUUGUUCCUUGCUGUUGUGUCUUCCUCGCCUGCUCUCUCCGAGCAAGGGGGACGGAGGUCUCCUUCCACUUGCCAUGCGCUCUCCCUCUGGGUGGGUGUACGGAUCGAGCCCAGGGGGGGAGAGUGAGGGAAGGGGCAGCUGUGUCCCUUUAGGGCAGCGGUUCUCAACCUGUGUGUCCCCAGAUCUUGUUGGACUACAACUCCUAUCAUGCCUGAGCUUUGGCCUUGCUAGCUAGGGGGGAUGGGAGUUGUAGUUCAACAGUAUCUGGGGACCCACAGGUUGAGAAAGGCUCUUUUAGGGCAUAUUGACUUAGGACACAUUUAUACCUGACAUUUAAAGCACUUUGAUGCCACUUUAACCAGCUGCAACUCCCCCCAAAGAAUUCUGGGAGCUGUAGUUUGGUAAAGGUGCAGAGAGUUGCACCGUAACUCCCCUCACAGAGCAGCAAUUCCCAGAGUGUCUAGCACAAUCAAUCCCUCUUCCCAGGGAACUCUGGGAAUCAAAUCCUUUUGAGGGGAAUAGAAGGGCCUCCUAGCAACUCUCAGCAGCCCAGUUUCUUUCAGUUUCCCCCUUUUCCAAUCUUAAAUUCAUUUCUUCGCAUUUCUGCAGAAAUUUGCAACUUUCGUCAUUUGAAAAACAAAAUAAUCCUCAUGGAAAUUCACCAGCAUUUUAGUUUGAAAUUUUCCUACAUUUUUUGCACAUAGCUUUUACUAAUGUCCAUAUGAUUGUAGGCAAUUUUCGGCAAUAUACUGCAUUUUCGUAUGCUGUUUCCACUCACGGUCUUCCUCCAAACCUCUGUAAUUGUAUUAACAUUGGCCAGAGAACUAGAUUGCAAAAUUCAGAUACGUGCAAAUUUUGAAGGAAAGCUGGGUUUCACUUUGCAUAUUGUUUCGGAAACUGUAGAUUUGAUAGGUUUCCCUUUUGGUGUGAACUGAUCCAAAUUUCUCCCCCACUCUCAGGUGGGAGCCCCCGGGCUGCUCUGAGUGACUCUCCAGCAGAGGGAAAUAGCCAGGAGAUCAGAGUUUGUGUGUUUGUGUGAUCUAUGGCCUGCCAUUCACCUCCUUAACUAGCCUGCUGCCCGCAGUGGAGGACCGGUGUUGAAACAAAAGUUUUUUUUAAAAUAAUGCACAGUACAGAGAAAGCAGAGAGAAAAAAACCUUUUCUCCCUCGCUCCCAAAAUCAAUGAAGCUGAAUGCUGGAAAAUUCGGGACAGGUAAAAUAAAGUACCGUAUUUUUUGCUGUAUAAGACUCACUUUUUCCCUCCUAAAAAGUAAGGGAACAUGUGUGUGCGUCUUAUGGAGGGAAUGCAGGCUGCGCAGCUAUCACAGAAGCCAGAACAGCAAGAGGGAUCACUGCUUUCACUGCGCAGCUAUCCCUCUUGCUGUUCUGGCUUCUGAGAUUCAGAAUAUUUUUUUCCUUGUUUUCCUCCUCCAAAAACUAGGUGCAUCUUAUGGUCUGGUGCGUCUUAUAGAGCGAAAAAUACAGUACUUUUUCAUGCAGUGCAUCGUUGAACUGUGGAACUCCCUUCCACAGGAGGCAGAGAUGGCCACCAACCAGGACGGCUUAAAGGAGGACUGGGGAAAUUCUUGGAGCAUAACACUAUCAAUGACUAGCCACAACGGCUGUGCUCUGCCACUGGAGGGGAGAGUUGCUCUUGUGCUCUCCCCCCGGUUUACUAUCCCUAGUACUUCAAGACUCCCAUAAAAGUGCCUGGCUUAAAACCGUCUAUCAAAAACUUCACUCUUGUGGCCCAUCCCCCCAACACCUACUCACUAUGGGCCCCACUAAAGCAAACAGUCUAACUGGUCAAUGUCUAAAAGAUAUCGAGCAUUAGAACAACCUGGCCACUAUAAGGAAAUUCUGCCCUGUUCAUUUUCCACCUCUCCAUUUUGAUUCUCUGGCCCCAUAUCUGCACAAACUUAUCAUCCCAAAAUACAGACGUGCUUUUACACUUGCAAGACUGGAUGCUUUGCCAUCUGCGGUACUUGAGGGUCGAUUCCAAAAGAUCCUGCCUGAGAAACGUCUUUGCCCCUGUGGAGACGGUAGCACCGAAACAGCGGCACACGUCCUCCUGUCUUGCACUCUCAGCAAAGACCUGAUCAUCACCCCACUCGUACUAACCAUCCCAGGGCUCUCAACCACUGCCACAAUGUCCUUUCCUCUAUCAGAUCAGAAUGAGCAGCAAAGGUUGCUAGGUGCAUAGCAGGGGCAAUCAAAAUAAGGGCCACUAACUGGCUGCUGAUUCAGGACUUUAAAUUGUGCUUUUAUAUCAAAUUUCCUUUUCUGCGUAUACUGUAAUGUUUUACUGUUGCUGUGGCCAUUGGCUAAUGCGAAUAAAGUUUUAUAUAUCUCUCUCUCCCCUGCAAACUGCUCUUGUGCUCAGAUCCUGCCACAGGCAUCUGGUUGGCCAGUCUGAGAACAGGAUGCUGGACUGAGUGGGCCGUUGGCCUGAUCCAACAGGCUACUAUUCUGUUCUUCUGUUAAAUAAGAUUCAGCUGCCAGUAGUGGAGUCAUCUGUACCCAAGUGGCAGUGAUGGUUGGCAUCAGUCAGCAAAGCAUUCUGGACUGGCUUUGCUCAAAAUCGGAACGUUUUCAAAAAAUUGCUGGCAGCGUGGACAGAGUGCUGUCUUGACCAGAGCCCAGGAUCCUGUCCAGCUGCUUGAUGUCAGUCUCUAAUCUAAUUUCCAGAAAAAAAAGCAAAUAUUCUGCAUCGCCCCUUUGAACUUGCUCAGGAUUUUGCAGUCUAUCUGCUCCUCCAACAAAGCGAGCUCGUUCCUUUCUGACAUCCCUUUUGCAACCUGUCAGAUAUUGACCAACAAGUGCACACACACACACCCGGGUGGCGUCUUGAUAGCUGCCGCCAGAUUUAUGGAUCGUCCUUCUCUUGGAAGAGGGAGUUGAAUCAUGCAGAUUGGAGUGAGAGGCUUAGACAGGGAAUAGGGUAUGGAGCCAGAGUUGCAGCAGAACCUCCAGCUGCCCUUGUGCAAGGCAACCCAGGUUGGAAGCAAUUUUUAAAAAAGCACUACUUCUAGCACGAGGGACACGGGUGGCGCUGUGGGUUAAACCACAGAGCCUAGGACUUGCUGAUCAGAAGGUCGGUGGUUCGAAUCCCCGCGACAGGGUGAGCUCCUGUUGCUCUGUCCCUGCUCCUGCCAACCUAGCAGUUUGAAAGCACGUCAAAGUGCAAGUAGAUAAAUAGGUACCACUCCAGCGGCAAGGUAAACGGCGUUUCCGUGCACUGCUCUGGUUCGCCAGAAGCAGCUUAGUCAUGCUGGCCACAUGACCCGGAAGCUGCACGCCGGCUCCCUCUGCCAAUAAAGCGAGAUGAGCGCCGCAACCCCAGAGUCGGCCACGACUGGAGCUAAUGGUCAGGGGUCCCUUUACCUUUACCUUACUUCUAGCACAGUUCAAGCAUUCCAUUUUUUAAAUCUACUUCAUCCUGGCAAACAUCCUGCAGGCUAAUAUGUUAUCCUCAUAUUGCAAACGGAAAGCUGAAUAUAAGAAGAGCAGGAUCAGGCCAGUGGCCCAUCUAGGCCAGCCUCCUGUUCUCAAAGUGACCAAGCAGAAGCCUGCAGGCAAGAUCCGAGCUCAAGAGCUCUCUCCCCUCCGGCAGUUUCCAACAACUGGUAUUCAGAAGCAUUUCUGCCUCUGACUGUGGAAGCAGGGCAGAGGCAUUGUGUCCCUAAAGAACCAGGUGUGCAGCCUGGAAGUCACUGUGGACUCGCAGCUGUCCAUGGAGGCGCAGGGCAAUUCUGUGUCCAGGGCAGCUGUUUAUCAGCUCCACCUGGAACGCAGGCUGAGACCCUAUCUGCCUGUGGACUGUCUCGCCAGAGUGGUGCAUGCUCUGGUUAUCUCCCGCUUGGACUACUGCAAUGCGCUCUACGUGGGGCUACCUUUGAAGGUGACCCGGAAACUACAACUAAUCCAGAAUGCGGCAGCUAGACUGGUGGCUGGGAGUGGCUGCCGAGACCACAUAACACCAGUCCUGAAAGACCUUCAUUGGCUCCCAGUAUAUUUCUGAGUGCAAUUCUGAGUGUUGGUGCUGACCUUGAAAGCCUAAACGGCCUCAGCCCUAUACAGUGGUACCUUGGGUUAAGAAUUUAAUUCGUUCUGGUGGUCCGUUCUUAACCUGAAACUGUUCUUAACCUGAGGUACCACUUUAGCUAAUGGAGCCUCCUGCUGCCGCCACACCACUGCUGUGCGAUUUCUGUUCUCAUCCUGAAGCAAAGUUCUUAACCCAAGGUACUAUUUCUGGGUUAGCGGAGUCUGUAACCUGAAGCGUCUGUAACCUGAAGUGUCUGUAACCCAAGGUACCACUGUAUACCUGAAGGAGCAUCUCCACUCCCAUUGUUCAGCCCGGACACUGAGGUCAAGCUCCAAGGGCCUUCUGGCGGUCCCCUCACUGUGAGAAGUGAGGUUACAGGGAGCCAGGCAGAGGGCCUUCUCGGUGGUGGCACCUGCCCUGUGGAACACCAUCCCGUCAGAUGUCAAGGAAAUAAAAACCUAUCUGACUUUCAGAAGACAUCUGAAGGAACCCUGUAUAGGGAAGCUUUUAAUGUUUGAUGUUUUCUUACAUUUCCAUAUCUGUUGGAAUGGCUGAGGCAACCCAGCCAGAUAGACAGCAUAUAAUUAAUAAAAUUAUUAUUAGUAGCAGUAUCUAAGCUGCGGGCCAUCACUGCCUCCUGGGGCAACGAGUUCCAUAGUUUAUGCGACUCAGAGAGAAGCUUGUGAAACACUACAUAGCGAGCUUGCGGUUGUGUAGGACUGGUUGUGGAUAUACAGUUUAUUGUAUUUUUCCGGGAGCCUUUUGGGGGGUUCUGCAUGCUAACCACGUUGCUAGCCCUCAUGAGGAACCUCUAGUUUCUCUCAGCAGUGAACUAAGAUACUACGGUCCAGUUGACCUGAGCGUGGGGAGGCUCCUGUGCCUUCCAGGCUUGUGAGAUCCCUCCCAAUUUAACCAUCUCUUUUUGCCACACGUGCAAGCUCAACCUCGUGGCCCACCCCUUCUCUGAGGACAGCUGGGGAGUCAACAGAAGCGCUCUCUCUUUUUUGUAGCCAGAGUGUGCAGCUGGCUUUGGAGCCAAGCAUGAAGAAGCGACUUGGCAGGCGAUUCAAAGGCGGGGCAGGUGCCAAGAGAACAAAUCUGUUCAAGUUGAAAGAGUGAAAAUGCCGGGCAGCCCCACCUGCCGCCUUCCGCGUUGCUGCCUCCGUCGCUCUGCCUGGAGGGAACAGGAGGCCGGCAAUUUUUUAUUUUCUUUUUGCUGAGCUGGCAAAACAACAACAACAACAGAGAAAGGAAUUAGAAUCAGCCUUUCUCAACCUGCGGGUCUCCAGAUGUUGUUGGACUACAACUCCCAUCACCCCUAGCUAGCAAGGCCAGAGCUCAGGGAUGAUGGGAGUUGUAGUCCAACAACAUCUGGGGACCCACAGGUUGAGAACCUCUGAAUUAGAUGAAAGCAAUCGCCCUUCCCCCCUUGCCUGUGUGAUUUUGGAGGAGGCAGGUUUUAGGGAUUGAGAAAAAGCUCAUGAAAAUUCAGUGCAAUGAGGCUGAAGGAAGCUUAUCUGUAGCCAUCUGGCUAAAUGAAGACCACCUGCUUUGCUGGCUGAUGCCAGAGGCUGGCAUGAUCAGGCAUCUGCUGAGAGGGUGCAGACUAGCAGGGCAGUGGCAUAGUGAGGUGUGUGUGGGGGGGCUACAUGGGUGCAAAAUUGUUAGAGGUGCAAAAUUUCAACAUCCGGUGCUGCCUCAACACAGCUGCAUGCUUCCGUCUUUGGGCUCUGUUGAAAACUGCUUCUCCAUGCGAACCAGGAAGCGACCUCUCCAGACAAUGGAACAACUCUUCUUUCCUUGUCUCUGCGGCUGUGAUCUCCUGGGGGUUGUAGGUACCGUUAGGCAGUUGCAUUCGCAUGUGUACUCCAUCCAUUUCCCAAUCCAUGCUAUGCCACUCUAACAAGGCCCCCACUACAGAAAGCCCCCUGGACCUGCUGCAGUGAGGAUGGUGCCUGUGAAGACUCAUAUGCCCAGAGCUCCUCCAGAACGCGGAGCCAUUGUUCUAGUUAAGCUGGUUUGACCCCCGAGCCAAGGGGAUAAAUAACCUUUAGAAGACAUCUAAUGGAAGGCCUGUAUAGGGAAGUCCCCCUCCCAAUGCUAUAUGUUUUAUUAUGUUUUUAUAUAUGUUGGAAGCCUCCCAGAGUGGCUGGGGCAACGUAGUCAACCUAGUCAGAUGGGCAGGGUACAAAUAAUAAAAUUAUUAUUAUUAUUAUUAUCAUCAUUAUUAUGGAAUAGGACGUGCCUAUUUUCACCAGAGAAAUGUUGGAGGGUAUGCACUUCCGUACUGGAAGGAGAGGUCUAUACACACACAAACGCCCCAAUAGUACAAUGGGCAGAAGACAUGACUCAGCCGGCAGCUUACGAGAAGGUGGUCUUUGCAACCAGCAACAUGUUCUGGGUAACCACCGUUAUCUUCUUCAACGGGGUUUGUUCCAUCACACCCUUACAACAUCUGUGCUACUGACUCCAAACUUUGGGAUUGCUGAAAUAUAUACAGCAACAAAAAUCAAUCCAUUUGACUCAAUUCCAUGUGACUCAAACUGGGUCUACUACACCCAAAAUGUUUAAGCAAUGUGGGCUAAAGUCUCUUCUGGGGCCCCUCUGGUUGGCUUCCAACAUAUAUCAAAACACAUUCAACAUUGAAAACCUUCCCCAUACAGGGAUGUCUUCUGAAGGUUAUAUAGUUAUCUCCUUGGCUCAGGGGUAGCAUAGAUCCAUACCCCCCAAUAUUUAUUUGAUGAAAAUAAGGACGUCCUAAGGAAAAAGGGGACAUUCCUGGAUCAAGUCAGAAACCAGAAUGGCUUCUGUAAAUCUGGGACUGUCCCUGGGAAAUAGGGACACUUGGCGGAUCUGAUGUAAGAUGUUUCGUUACCAUGAAUGCCUUUAGCAGCCAGUUAUAUUGCCCCUCUUUCAAGACCCAAAGAACUCGUCCUCUGUGGUGCAAUGGGCAGUGCAUCUGGCUUUUAACCAGAAGGUUGGUGGUUUGAACCCACCCAGGGAUGGCUGUGGGCAGGUUCCCUCAUUGCAGGGCAUUGGACUCAAUGACUCUCGGAGUCUAUUCCAACUCUAUGGUUCUGUGAGUUCAACAGAACAUGAACACCAAAAGACUGCAGCUUUGAGACACGACCAAAUCAUCCAGAACUUCUGGUCCUAACCACAGCGGCUAACAGCUUUUAACACAGCUUCUCUGCCUCCUCUGUGAAUACGUCCAGUCCUCUUUCACAGCUGUUGAAGACACCACACCUUGUGGCUGUGAGUUCCGCAAGUUAAUUUGCUGCUGGGUGAAGAAGACUUUUUCUCACACCUGCCAUGAAUCAACCGUUCCUCCGUUUCGUAGGGUGGCCCCUACUUCUAGGGAUAUCGGCUGAAGGGGGAUUGCAAAGGGGCCUGUCACCAGACCCGAUGGUUCUGGCCCACAGCAACUGUUGGCAGUCAGUAUCGCCCGUACCCUUCUGCGUUUGGAAUCCAAAGCUCUGAAACUCCCCCUGGGUUGGGAGACAGAAAGGAAUCUCAUUUGGUGAGCCGGGUGGUUUCUCAAUGGUUUUCUUUGUGCCUACCUGCCGCUGGGCGUGCCUCUCCUCCCUGCCAAGCCAGAUAAUGAGACUGUGAUGUCGAAAAUCUCGCCUGGAAUUUCUUGCUGCCUCAAAACUGCCCCUUAAGUCUUGUUGACAAGCAGGCCUGUGUAAGAGUAUCAGCCACUGAGUACUUGGUCUCAGUCAUAUCUCCCCACCCUGGACUCCAACUCCCAUCGGACCCAGCCAGCCUCCGCUCACCAAGCUUUCCUCCAAAACAAGUUUCUAGUUCUCAUUGUUCAGGCGGAAACAUGUUUUUCCCUUCCCAAAUGUGUUGUUGAGAUGCUCCAGCUACAGAUUUAUUUAUUUUAAAAAUAACUUUAUUUAUUAUUGCAUUUAUACCCCAUCGUUCCUAAGAGGAGCUGAAGACAGUCUGCUCUUCUCCUUCUCCCCAUUUUAUCAUCGCAACAACUCUGUAAGGUAGGCCAGGUGGGGAGGAGAGAGUGUUGCUCUUCCGCCCGGGUCCUUUCUUUUUUCUUUUUAUAUACAUUUUUAUUGAUUUUUUAACAUAUCAGUUCCAACAGUCAUACAACAUAUCUUCUCGCCUUAUACAAUGUUUUAGACUUCCGUCAACACCUCUGAUGAUUUUCCGUUCUUUAUCACUUAUUCUGCAUUUCCUAAUUUCUAUAUUACAUUUAAUUGUCCUUAACUAAUAAUUCUUUUCAUAGUCUUCCUUGUAAUAUUUCAAACAAUCCACCUUACAAAACUUCUUCCAGUCCUACUAGCGUAAUCUGUUCAUCACAAUUACUUUUCAAAUAGUUCAUAUAUUUACUCCAGUCUUCUAAGAAUCUCUGGUCUUGCAGGUUUCGAAUCCUUCCUGUCAAUUUAUCUAAUUCUGCAUAAUCCAUCAACUUCAUCCUCCAUUCUUCUUUCGUCGCCCGGGUCCUUUCUUGAGGGUUUCGCACAAACAUCCAGUUGGUCAAAUGUUGGACCAGAUGGGAAAUUGGCCUGAUUUAGCAGGCGUUUCUUAUGUGUCGGAAUGUGGUGAGUCCCCUAUCAGGUCACAUAACAGGCUGGAAGUUGACACAUGCAACUCCCCCACCCCACCCCAGUGAUGGGAAUCUGUUGAAUUUCUAGCCAUCUUCUGGCUUUAAGACCUGGUCUCUGCUUGUGCUACAAACGCAGGGCUAAGACUGCUGAUCCCCCCUCAGGAAGGAGCCCUGCAGAAUCUGACCAAAAAUUACAGUCGAGUUUUGUGUUUUCCACAGUGGAGCAACCAGAUGUCCCCAUUGGGAAGCUCUAGGCUGCGAGCAACACCUUGAAAGGGAGAAUUCAAUAUGGCGGACCUUUCCACCUUAAUGCCUGGAAAGGAUUCGCCUGUGGAUUUCUACCUGAUGUCCAGCUGUUAAAAGGCACAAGAGCCUCGGUCUGCAAAAUAAGUGGCAACCUAGGCCUAUUGCUUCCCGUGCUCAUAACCCAAUAUUGAAGGACAGCCAGAAAUCUAUCAGAUGAAGCAGCUUCCUUCGGCUGAUGGUACCGAAAUAACUAUUAAAAAUAAUAAUUCAGGUGUUAGUUUAAAGCAUGGGUAGGCAAACUAAGGCCCGGGGGCUGGAUCUGGCCCAAUCGCCUUCUAAAUCCGGCCUGCAGACAGUGUGUUUUUACAUGAGCAGAAUGUGUCCUUUUAUUUAAAAUGCAUCUCUGGGUUAUUUGUGGGGCCUGCCUGGUGUUAUUACAUGGGUAGAAUGUGUGCUUUUAUUUAAAAUGCAUCUCUGUUUGUGGGGUAUAGGAAUUUGCUCAUUUUCCCCCUUCAAAAUAUAGUCCGGCCCCCCACAAGGUCUGAGGGACAGUGGACUGGCUCCCUGCUGAAAAAGUUUGCUGACCUCUGGUUUAAAGCAUGGCAAAGCUCUGAAGCGGCUUUUGCCUGUCCUAGCUGAGCAUUCUCCCCCCCAAAAAACCUGAUGUUGUCUCUCUUUACCCCUGCAGACAGACCUGUAUUCAGGAGCCCUGUUUGUUCAAGUGUGCCUAGGCUGGAAUCUCUACCUUUCCACCGUCCUGAUGCUGGUCGUCACUGCCAUUUACACCAUUGCAGGUAAGAUGCAUGGUGGAUCAUAACCCUCCAACAUUUCUCCCAUGAAAAUAGGGACGUCCCAUUCCUUCAUGAUAAUUCUAUUAUUUAUACGCUGCCCAUCUGACUGGGUUGCCCCAGCCACUCUGGGUGGCUUCCAACAUAUAGGUAAAGGUAAAGGGACCCCUGACCAUUAGGUCCAGUCGCGGACGACUCUGGGGUUGCGGCGCUCAUCUUGCUUUAUUGGCCGAGGGAGCUUCCGGGUCAUGUGGCCAGCAUGACAAAGCCACUUCUGGUGAACCAGAGCAGCGCAUGGAAACACUGUUUACCUUCCUGCCGGAGCGGUACCUAUUUAUCUACUUGCACUUUGAUGUGAUUUCGAACUGCUAGGUUGGCAGGAGCUGGGACCAAGCAACGGGAGCUCACCCCGUCGCGGGGAUUCGAACCGCCGACCUUCUGAUCGGCAAGCCCAAGAGGCUCUGAGGUUUAACCCACAGCGCCAUCCGUGUCCCUUCCAACGUAUAGAAAAACAUAAUAAAACAUUAAACAUUAAAAAACUUCCCUAUAGAGGAUUGCCUCCAGACAGCUCGGGGGUUGGAUAACCCCAUACCCUCCAAGAUUUCUCCCAUGAAAACAGGGACAUCCUGGGGAAAAGAGGGACAUCCUGGGGAAAAGAGGGACAUCCUGGGGAAAAGAGGGACAUCCUGGGGAAAACAGGGACAUCCUGGGGAAAAGAGGGGCAUUCUGGGAUCAAAUCAGAAACCGGGACGGCUUCUCUAAAUCAGGGACGUCCCUGGAAAAUAGGGACGCCUGGAGGGUCUGGUGGAAGAUGCUUCACACAUGAAACAUGGUCCCAGGUACCAAGAAAGCUGCGGGCAAAAACUCUGGUUUGGCAAGAACCAUCCCUCGUUCCCUUCAGACAACUUUUUAAACCCUUUCUGGUUCUGCAGGCCCUUGUAACAUGGAUCUUCUUUUCUUAAUCUAAUCGGUAUUUGCUGAUGUUUUAUUGAUGUUUUUAUGGAUAUCUUGGUUGGUUUUUAUAUGUCAUAUUCCACUUUGCUCUUUUUUUUUUAACGGAUGUGCGGAUUAGAAAUCUGAAAAGAAAUAAGCAAAUGAACACCUGGAAGGUCGUAGGUCUCUCCUCCCUGUCAUGUGCUCUCCAGUUCCCCCCUAUUUCCAAGGCACCAUCUCUUUUCUGGUCUCCCCCUUUGUCUUUUGGGGAGAGCCUUGUGCAAAUGGCGUCAAAAUGAUUUGCAUGCCGUUUUUUCCUAAUAAUUCACAUAUUGUGGAUUUAUCUGAAUAUUUAUCUGAAUAUAUCUGAAUUUAUUGUUAUUCACAUUUUAUACUGUAUUUUAUGCUGUUUUUUGUUGCAUCAAUUAAGUGUUUUAAAUUUGCUGUUAGCCACUCUGAGCCUAGGUUUCUGAACCGGGAAGGGCGGGGUAUAAAUAAAAUCAUUAUUAUUAUUAUUAUUAUUAUUAUUAUAUUUUGCACACAAUCUCCCCUGACAGAAUUCAUUUUUUUCAUGUUACACUCAUGUAAAUAUUUCCUUAAUAUAUGCAUUUUGCAGACACCUAUUUUUCGGUGCAGUGCAAAUUUGGGAUGGGUGUGUGUGCCAGGAUGCAUGUUGCUUUGGGAACUGCAAAUUAGGUAAAUUUGCACUAAUGUGAACUGACCCCAAAUUUUGCCCCCGCAAGUUCUGAAGGGCUCCCUCUGUUAGAAACAUGGGGAGGAACUGGAAGCACCCCAAAUUGUGCUGAUCGAAACUCAGCUCAGGAAUUCAGAUCUGUUCUCCCCGCUCUACUGUCCGCAGGUGGGCUGGCGGCUGUCAUCUAUACAGAUGCUCUGCAGACUGUCAUCAUGGUCAUUGGAGCCACAAUUCUGACAGUAACAGGUAAGGCCUGCCUGUGGGGGUCUGACUCUGCUCCCCCCCCCGCCCACGAAAAGGUCAUAGGAUCUCUUCUGACUUGCACCAGAGUGGUGCACCAAAAUACAGGACAUUCCGGGAUGCAAUCAGAAGCCGGGAUGGCUUCCGUAGUUCCGGGAUGCUCCGCUCAAAUCAGGAUGGUUGAGGGGUUAUGCAUCUCCCACUUCCUCUGUUGCCUGUUUUCUAAAUUGUAAUCUCCUUGGGGCAAGGACUUGUCUUCUGACUCUUUAUAUAUAUACGGCACAGCACUAAAUAGACAAAGAAAUAGACAGAAUGAACACAACUGCAACUUUCCACCAUUUCUGGAACAUUAUAGUUUUUAUUUUAUCUUUUUACAUUUGUAAACAAUUUCUUUGGAGGCUGUACAAUGAGGCAAACUCCUGUAGCAACUGCAUGAACCAGUCGUGCUGGAGUGCGUAUCUAGUUAGAUUUUUAAAAGAAGUCUUGAGAACAGCAGCACAUCUUUAACCUUGGAGGAAGUUUGGCUAUUUCCUGUUCCUUAUAGGUGCAAAGGAAAUUGCAUUUACACAUAUACGCCCCUAAUGUCCUGAUUCCGCAAGGGCAGUUCUUUAGCUUCUCUAUUUCCCCUAUGGAGUCAGAGUGGUUUAGUGUGUUACUGGGGUAGGAGAUCUGAAAAUAACGCCAAGAUGUUUCACACCUGGCAACCAAUGCGCCCCCUUUGGUUUCAUGGUGGCUCAUUUACCAGAAGUAAUAUAUUUAGCAUGAACUCUGAAUGUGUAUACUCGAGUGUAUACCUCUGGCUUAGUUUGUUCAGAAUCGUGUAUACAUUUCCAGAGUUCAUGCUAAAUGCACAAUACAACCACAAAUAAUGCAGUUGUAAGUUCACUACCGCGAUACGUCACUGCCCAAGUUAAAAAUGAGGAGAAAGAAAGAAAGAAAGAAAGAAAGAGAAAGAAAGAAAGAAAGAAAGAAAAGAGAAGGGCUAAAGUCAUUUGCCCCUGUGGAGACAGAGUUCCUCUUCUAUCUUUCUGGGGGUGGGGGGUGGGGAGAAAGAAUCGAAGGGGAAAUGGAUGACAUUGUCCUGUGGGUGCCCUGUAUAUAGAAAGAAAGGAAACAGGGAGUUUUCACGCUAAACCCCUAAUGAGGAAGAACCGAUGGCGAAUGGGCUGUCGUGCAUGGCUUUCUCUCUCUCCAACCCCCCCCCCCCAAGAAAGAAAACCUCAUGAUGUUUAGUAUAUACUAUCUGAAUUCAAAUCCAUGCCACACAAGUAAAGCACACAGCUCCCCCCCCGCCAAGAAUAAUGGGAACUGUAGUUUGCUUGCAGUUUGUGUAAAAAGGUAAAGGGACGCCUGACCAUUAGGUCCAGUCGUGGUCGACUCUGGGGUUGCGGUGCUCAUCUCGCUUUAUUGGCCGAGGGAGCCGGCGUACAGCUUCCGGGUCAUGUGGCCAGGGUGACUAAGCCGCUUCUGGAGAACCAGAGCAGCGCACGGAAACGCCAUUUACCUUCCCGCAGGAGCAGUACCUAUUUAUCUACUUGCACUUUGACGUGCUUUCAAACUGCUAGGUUGGAAGGAGCAGGGACCGAGCAACGGGAGCUCACCCCGUCGCGGGGAUUCGAACCGCCGACCUUCUGUUCGGCAAGUCCUAGGCUCUGUGGUUUAACCCACAGCGCCACCCGUGUCCCUUGCAGUUUGUGUAGGCUGCUGGAAAUUGUACCUCAGUGAGGGAUAGACUACAGUUCCUGGAAUUUUUGCGGGGCAGAAAUCCACGACUGCCAAAGGGGUCUAAACGUGCUUGAAACGUGUGGUAUGUGGAUGUGAUCCGAGUGGGUUUGAGCAGAAUAAAUUAAGAAGGUUCUGAGUAAACCAGCGUGCACCGUUGCUUUUGUUUGUAAUGAUCGUUUUAGUGAAAAGCUUGUGCAGAGAAACUUCUUGUGUCCCAGGUCAGUUAAUGGGUGUGGGCGCCAUUUUGGCUUUCUGACCCCAGUCACCCCGACGCCUUGAACCGGCCCCCGCAGCCCAUUAAAUCAGCCGAUACUCUGGAGCUUACAUCUAAAGCCACCAUUGAAGGGGGACGGAUCAUGUGGUAAUCCUGCCCACGCCCUGGUUGGGUGGCUCGCUGCGUGGUUGCCAUGACAAGGCUUUGAAAAGAACCCGGCCACUAAUUCCUGUUGACGCUCAAAACAAAGGCUGCAAAUCCUGCCCCUUUUGCAAACUGCUUCAAAUCAUUAACUUUCCCAAGAGAGCGGUCUUAAUCUGCGGUAUUUGUGGGCGCUUGUUUUGGUUCAGGACACGGUGUCUUUGCAAAAGCGGGCUUUCGUCUGGGGAAGCUGUUGGCUCACCCUGGAAGGGUUGCAAACCCCGGGGUGACUCAAUCCUCAUCACCAUUAUUGCAACUUUUGGGGGAGAAAUCUGAUUCAGCCUUUGCUAACCUCCCUUGAUGAUCAGGCAACAUCCGAAGCAGAAUGCUGACUCAGGCAAUUGAUUCCCUUUGCCCAGGACUGCAUAGCCCGACUUGCAGUUGCUCUCCACCGUCUCAGGGACGAGUGGGUCUCUUUCCCAUCACCUGCUACCUGUGAUCCCUUUAACUGUAAAGGUGUGAAUCUCAAAACUUGUACAUAUGAAGAAUACGUUUACCCGCUUGUCUUGUGCCAAGGCCCAAGAGGCUGUAGGAGAAGGUGAGAUCCUGGAUGGUUACAGGACAAGGUGGGACAAAAUUCAGGCAGGACACAAGGCAGGUUCUGCCUCUGAAUUUGGCCCAGCAAGGAACAAGUUGCAACCCAGCCCAUAAUGGAACCAGGUGUAGCCUGAGUCUUCUCACCAACUUUAAUUCAACACCCUGCUUGACUUAAAGGGACACAGCCUUUCCCAACCAUCUCCUACUGCAGGCACCCCCAAACUCGGCCCUCCAGAAGUUUUGGGACUACAACUCACAUCAUCCCUAGCUAACAGGACCAGUGGUCAGGGAUGAUGGGAAUUGUAGUCCCAAAACAUCUGGAGGGUCGGGUUUGGGGGUGCCUGUCCUACUGUGACGGAGCAGGGAAGGUUCAGGUCUUCCAGGUCUUCUCCUACAGCAGAGUCCUCUGAGUCAGAACACAUCCCACAGGUUAAGUGGGUAGCAGCACUUCUGGGGCUGGCCCUAUAUAGAAUCAUACGCCCGUCCUCUUUAGGUUCAGAGUCCUCAGCUCCAUCAUCUGAUUGAAGAGGAAUCCGACUCCUAGUCUCUGACCCUAAGUGGCUGUACCUCUCUGGCCAAAAUAAACCCAGAAACUCCUGCUUAAAUGGUUUAGGAAUUGCCUUGCAUUGCUGUGUGGGCUGCCUGUGCCCAGUGGGCCUCAGAGACCCCCCCAGUGCAGCAUUUAAAGUCCUAAACAGCCUCAGCCCAGUAUACCUGAAGGAGCGUCUCCACCCCUAUCGUUCAGCCCAGACACUGAGGUCCAGCUCCGAGGGUCUUCUGGCUGUUCCCUCCCUGUGAGAAGUGAGGUUACAGGGAACCAGGCACAGGGCCUUCUCGGUGGUGGCGCCUGCCCUGUGGAAUGCCCUUCCUGUCAGAUGUCAAGGAAAUAAACAACUCUCUGACUUUUAGAAGACAUCUGAAGGCAGCCCUGUCUAGGGAAGUUUUUAAUGUUUGAUGUUUUUAUUGUGUUUUUAAUAUUCUGUUGGGAGCUGCCCAGAGUGGCUGGGGAAACCCAGCCAGAUGGGCGGGGCAUAAAUAAUAAAUUGUUAUUAUUAUUGCUCCCCGACCGCUGGGUGGGCUGACACAGUUGCGAUGGGGAGGAUGGCAUGGGAGGAGACGGCCACCUCUGAUGAAGAUGAGGGCCAGUGUGCAGAGGGGGUGUGUGUGUGAAUGGCCCCACCCACCACUGACUCUAGCCACACCCACAGGCUUGCAGCGAGAGGCGCCAACUUGAGUAGAAGAUUGGAGGGCCGGUGAUGCAUGCAUGACGUGUGGGAUGCCAGGACGUGCCAGGGGUGGAGCCGAACAGGACGGCAGCGCGGCUUCAGUGGCUGAAGGCUCUACUCUGGCACUCAGUCUCCUCCUGCUGCUGCUGCCACAGCUGGGGGCUGCUCCCCCCCCCCUUCCCUUCCAUGGCAGCAGGAGAAGCCAAUAGCCACUGAAACCACGCUGUGCCUGGCUUCGAGAUCGGCCUCCUCCACAACUGAUUGUUCUCACCAUUGGGGGUCUAGCUGGCCCUCCAUAUUUUGGGGGGGGGCCCCCGAAGUGAUCUGGGCCCCUUAGAGUUGGUACCUACGCACACACACACACAGCUGUACUAUGCAUGGCCCUUGGGGGCUAAAAGCUUCCCUCUCCAUGCCUGAUACCAAAUCCAUCCAGGCUAGAGUGUUGCCUACACUGGCUAAUCCCCAGGGCUUCAGGCCAAGGAUUUUCCCAUCAAUUACUUCUAGCUCCGGCCAGUCUAACCGGCAAUGGCAGGGACCAAGCCUGCAAGCCUCUGCCUGCAACGCAGCCCCUGCUCCACCGAAGGGAGCUAGAGAUUUCAGGAAACGCAGCAAACCCAUCGUGCUUGCGAGUUCCCCUACCAAAUCCCCAAGGCGGGUUUUUUCCUUGCAUUGCUAAAAGUCGCGGUGGGAAGCGAAGGAAGAGGUGAGCCUUUGUUCCCGUUUUGGUAUAUCUAUUUCAAAUCAUUGCUUCUCCCCACCCCCUCUAUCCCCUGCAAAGCUUUCGGCGAGAUCGGCGGCUACCAGAACCUGGAAGAAGCUUACUUAAAGGCCAUGCCGUCUAAGAUCAUCCCCAACACAACCUGCCACGUGCCCAGGCUCGAUGCGAUGCACCUCUUCCGGGAUCCCGUCUCCGGAGACUUGCCCUGGACCGGAAUGACCUUUGGGCUCUCGGUCGUGGCCACAUGGUACUGGUGCACAGACCAGGUAAACCCCCCUCUCCCCGCCGGGCGAGCGCACUGUUGCAAAGCAACCCCACUUUUGUGGGGGGUCCCUCCCCGGACCCCGGCAGGGCUCUUUCUCAGCGUCCCAGGGCGACCAUCUCCUGUCCUAUUGCUCUUUGUGGUUGCUGGCUCCUGGCUGCCUCCGCUUGGCAUCGGACCACGGAGACACCUUGUUCUUUAGGUGCUUGGAUUCCGACAGUUUGGACAGCGGGAUGCCAAAGGGUGUCCUUAUUUCUUCCGCCGCCCUCUGGGCUUCUGUGGUGGAGAUUGCUCGUGAGGGGCUGCUCCUUCCUUGGGAGAAGCGGCCGGCUUGUGUGUUCUUGGAGGUGCCGAAACCUUUGCUCUGCCAGUACGGCUGGCCGGCUGGGCCUGGGGGUUGCUUUUUGGCCUGGCGUCCGUCUUGCUGCGGGGAACCACUUUUGCCUCUUCCCACAGACAUUUGCACCCUGGACCCGUAGCAGAGCAGUUGUGGUCCCUGUUUGUGAAGCACGAAAAGGGGAAGAAAGUUGUUAGCAACUGGUAUCUGGUAUUAUUUACAUCAGGGGGAGGGGAACCUCAGGUUCAGGGGCUAAAUGUCCCCCUCCAGGCCACUCUCUCUGGUCCCCAGGACUCCACCCUAAGCCCCACAUUACUGACCCUGUGGUGUACUCUUCCAGAGUGUUUUUGUGUGGCUGGACUGCAUCCCUGGACUCUGUCUCUUGUUUGCCCGGAUAGAGGAUACAGAGGGGUGUGCAAGUGUGUGUAGGAACCCAAAACCUCUCCAGAUGUUUUAGUCCACAACUUGCAGCAGCCACGGCCAAUGAUGUUGUCAGUCAUGUCAUGGCAGUGAUGUCACGACAGCUUCAAAAACAGGACAAGUUCCUGCCGCAAUGAACUUACAGUCCAUAAUGCAAACAAGGGGAGGCGACAGGCAAAACAAAGAGAGAAUGUAUUUAAAUGUAUUUCUGUAAACUACUCUGUGAUCCUCAGGUGAAGGGCAGUAUAUGAAACAAACAAGCAAACAUUUCAAUGUUAGGAAUGAGGGAGAAAUUUGAUUCUGUUUCUGAAACUAUGGGCUUAUCCAAACUUCCUUGUGACCCGCAGCUAUUUUCUCCAGCUCUUUGGUGCACAAUUUGAGCAAGUGGCAAUUCAGGUUAUCUCCAGAUUGACGUUUGCUCCAAUUUAGCAUUAAAGGGGCAAUUCAGCAGGGCAAGGGGAAAACUCAUCGGACCCCUGCUUCCUAGAAAUGGGACAAGUGGAAGUGUUGGAUGAGCCCUACAUGAUAACUGAAAUACACCAAGCCUUCAGCCAACCGACGUUUCCAAAAAUGCAUGGGUUAGUUAAAAAUGUGCAGGAGUAUAUUAGUGAAAAGUACAUGCAAAAAAGCCCCGUGUUAGGAGAAUUUGCUUGCAAAAAGGUAUACAUUAGUCGAAAACUGCACACAAAAGUGGGUUUAUUGGGAGAAGUCUGCACGAAAAAGCCGAAGACUUUUCGCAAGGAUUUGAAAAAGAAAACCUGCAAAUUGUGGCAGAAAUGCAGAGAACUGAAUUUAAGAUGGGAAGAAUGAGAAACGGAGAGAAAUCAAAAUGGUCGGAUCCUUCCAUCCCGACUUCAGUUCCGUCUGCUUAGAUACACUACAGAAUGGGGACCAAAGGUCGAAUGCCAAACGCUUCCCAAAGCGGUUUAACCAUCACCAGUCUCUCUUCACAAGGAACUCUGGCAAUUGUAGUUUGGGGAGGGGUCUUCCUAACGACUCUCAGCCCCCUUAACAAACCACAGCUGCCAGGAUUCUUUGGGGGAAGCCUAAAGUGAUCCCACCGUGCUGCAAAUGGCUCGUCUUAUACAUGGGGGGGCGUCUUAUACACAGAAAAAUACGGUACGUCACAUCUUUCAGGACAUAAAUCCUAGCAAGACAGCUUGUAAGUCACAACGACAUGUUUUCAAAGCACUGUAGAAACUCUUAACAUAUUACAAGCACACCAGGAGCCUCUCUUCUGAGUAGCUGGCAGUCCUCUAUUCUCCUUGCCUCUUUCCCCUACUUCAUGGGGGUGAAUAAUCAUAUCCUACCUUAUAUCUUGUAAGGAUGGCUCAAAUAAAGCAGGUGAAAUAUGCCGAAUAUGCUACAAGCCCUGUGUAGUAAUAAUAUCGAUAACCACCAUAAUCCAUCACUGUAGUUAUUUUAUAGCCAGGACUAUGGGUGAUAACAUGUUUAGCAGCAUGAUAUCUUUUUCUUAUUGCUGGUGGUUCAGAAAUUUUUGCAUAUAAAUAAAAGGAAAUGAAAAUAGUUAACCCUGGGUGGCCAUCUGUCAUGGACGCUUUAACUGAGAUUCCUGCAUUGCUGGGGGUUGGACUAAUGACCCCCAGGGUUCCUUCCAACGAUACAAUUCUAUGAUUCUGUAACCAGGUACUGCCGCACUUUAUCCUGGAUCAAGGAGUCUUGCUGGCUGCCAAAACCUUUGAGCCAGAGAGACUUUUCAACAUGUUGAAACAACCAGGCAAAAUUGCAAAUAUUUAGACAGCGACACAGACUUAUUAGGGUGCCACACCUGAUCAGCAAACAGGAUCCAUGACAGAUGACCUGGAGAGGCUGGGAUAUUGCUAAGAAGCUUUCUUAUAUUGGGCCUUGUUGACACAGCACAGCAAAGCCUAAUUAAUGGGUUUCUGCGAAUGCAGCGAUCUGGGCCAUUCUUGCUCUUCCUCACCACGAUUCUUGGCUUAGCCCACAGGUGGGGAACCUCAGGCUAUUGCACCAAAGGCAGCUUUCUAGAUUUCUGUAUAUUGCCCUCUGUUUGGGGACCCUCCCUUGGCCAAACCCUCCUUGAGCGUUUUUCGCCUGGCUGAUGUGGGAUGUGAAACACAUAGCAGUCAAGAUUCAGGUGGGUAGCCGUGUUGGUCUGACGCGGUCGAAAUAAAUAAAAAAAUAAACAAAUUGUCCAGCAGCACCUUGGAGACCAACUAUGUUUGUUCUGGGUAUAAGCUUUUGUGUGCAUGCACACUUCUCCAGAUACAUAGCAGUCAAGUACAACAUUCCUAGAAUGGACAUGCUAGGAGAUGCUUUGUACCAGCUAGGAGAAAACUUCCUGUUUCCUCUUGAGCUGGGACAGACUUCCUCUACAUGUAACUACUGUGUGUGUGGCCUAAUCUGGGGAAGAGGAGCACACCAUCUUCUUUUGCUCCUCUCCUCCAUUUUGUUUUUCUUUAUGUGUGAGGAGAAGUCACUUGGGUACUAACUCCCUUAUGGGAUAGUUCCACAUGUAUAUAUACUUUUGUAACCUAAGUCUGCCUUCAGGGAUCUAACUGUGAACUGAAUGAAUGUGAGUAAACUGCUUUUAUAUUCACUUUAAUAAGAUUGUCGUGUUUAUUCUUUUCAAGAGGGACAAGAAGGGAUCUUACCAGGAAUCCUAUAUUUAGAGCCUAAAGCUAACCUGCAACAAGCAAACCGCUGUGCGUUUAAAGGGGAAUGUUUAAACUCUGCUAAGAUAUAGAAUUUGCUAACGCAGGUUAGGAAGCAUAUCAUUAAACAAUAUACCCUCUCCUGCCUCCCUGAACAUUCCCACAGUUGGAACAUAUCCAUGAAGUGUAAUAACGCCGUCUGCUUGCCUGAAUGGAGCAUGGAGAGAUGCAACAUGUGAGAAUGUAGAAAGCUUUGACUUUUGCACAACUGGAAAGCAACCUACUUUGCAAAGCCAAGAGUUGCAUAUGUUGCUCCACCCACUUUUGCAACAGGCCCCUGGAAAUUACCCCAUGAGGGAUUGUGGCCCAAUAUAAGGCUCCUCAGCCCUGGCUUAGCAUUAUGUCUGAACUGAAUACUAUCGUUUGUUUCUCUCCAACAAACCAUAGUCUGUAAAGCCAAUCAAACCUUGGCAACAGAGUGCGGCUUCUCUGAAGUGAGACAAAUGUACUUUCUCCAAAUAUGCACAUUUUUUUGUAUGCAGUUUUUCCGUUUACAUUUUUAAAAGUAAUUUCCCCUAUGAUGCAUUUUAGCAUGCUAAUUUCACCAACAUUUGCAUUUCAGUGUGCACUUUCAUGUAUGUAUGUAUGUAUGUAUGUAUGUAUUUGUGUACAUUUCUAGUUGGAGUGCUGCAUAAAAAGGUAAAGGUACCCCUGACCGUGAGGUCUAGUCGCAGACGACUCUGGGGUUGUGUGCUCAUCUCACUCUAUAGGCCGAGGGAGCCGGCAUUUGUCCACAGAUAAUUUUUCCGUGUCAUGUAGCCAGCAUGACUAAGCCGCUUCUGGCAAACCAGAGCAGCGCACGGAAAUGCUGUUUACCUUCCCACCGGAGCGGUACCUAUUUAUCUACUUGCACUUGACGUGCUUUUGAACUGAUAGGUUGGCAGGAGCAGGGACUGAGCAACGGGAGCUCACUCCGUCUGUCGCGGGGAUUCGAACCGCCGACCUUCCGAUCGGCAAGCCCUAGGCUCUGUGGUUUAGACCACAGCACCACCCGUGUCCCUGACAAAGGACAGCUGGACAUAUAAAGGGCCCCAUUACCUUCAGUAGCUUAGGGCCUCAUCAAACCUAAAUCCGGCCCUCUUGGAGCCCAUCGUCAAUUUCACACUACGGGACUCAAGCAUUCCACAGGUGAUUUCCCAUGGUCAUUUCCAGCCAUGUUUUGAAACAAGAGUUGAGACCUCGGAAGAAACUGGAAGUUGCAUGGGAGACCUUGUGAGGCCUCUCAUGUGACCUCAGAAGUCGUAUGGGAGGCCUCCCAGGCGCCGCUGCGACGCACGCGAUGUUACAUGACAUCACGUUACAUUGUGGGUGCCGUUGGGCACCCGUAAUCUGGGGCCAAUGUUGGUGCCCCUGACCCUCAUCAUUCAGCCCAGACACUGAAAUUUAGCUCCGAGGGCCUUCUGGGGGCUUCUUCACUGUGAGAAAUGAAACAAUAGGGAACCAGGCAGAGGGCCUUCUCGGUAGUGGCGCCCGCCCUGUGGAACGCCCUCCUAUCAGAUGUCAAGAAGAUAAGUAACUAUACAAUCUUUAGGAGACAUCUGAAGGCAGCCCAGUAUCAGGAAGCUUUUAAUGUUUGAUGUUUUGUUGUGUUCUUUUAUCCCGCGGACGCUCGGGUUGCGAACGUGAUCUGUGCAGGAUGCACAUUUGCAACUCUCAGGGGUGCGUCUGCACACACGCGGGUUGUGAUUCGGUGUUUCUGCGCAUGCGCGACCCCGAAACCCGGAAGUAACCCGUUCCGGUAAUUCUGGAUUUUGGCAGGUCCGUAACCCGAAAAAACGCAACCUGAAGCAUCUGUAACCCGAGGUAUGACUGUAUUCUGUUGGAAGCUGCUCAGAUUGGCUGGGGCAACCCAGUCAGAUGGGCAGGGUACAAGAAAUAAAAUAUUAUUAUCAUCAUUUCCAAGAACCGCAAUGUCGUUUCCCCCCUUUUUGAGACAGUCAGAAUGGUGCACCUUUCUUCCAAAUUCGGCAGCAACAUAGAUUAGCAAAAGUGCAUUAUGAAAUUAGUGGGCGCCCCUUAUUUCUUUAACACUGGGACUUAUCAACGGCUGCAAAGAUUCCCAUUUCUCUCUCUCUCUCUCUCUCAGCCAACAUGGCAUGCAGCAAAUACAAAUAUCGGAGAAUUCUACUGAAAACAGGAGUAGAGUUUUCUAUGUUCAGAAUGGAAAUUGAUCCAAUGAACACAAUGGUUAUUUCCUGCUGUUGCUUUCAGUCCACCAAUGAAAUAUCAUUGAUUAUGUUCCCCUCCCACGGUCCUUGCAUUGCAUCUCCUUUGCAUUGAAAUGAAUGGGGUGGAAUAUCGUAAUGACAAGGUAACUUAUGUCAUUGCAUAAAUUACGUAAGCCGCAUAAUUUCACCACAGCAGGCAGCGAGGUGAAUAACAUAGUUUUUUGGCAAAAGGCAAACUGCAGCAGUACGGAAACAACCCUGCAUGAGACAAAUACAGGGAGGAAUGAAAAGCGAUGCCUUCUUACAUCCUCAGCUGUGAAUCAUCUGAGAUAUGCUUCAUUGCCAGGAAAAAGGCGAAGGCAGGGCUGGCUGUUGCCUGAUCUUGCACCAAGCCAAGGUGAAUCAUGCACUUCCGUUGAGUCACAGGAGUGCCAUCAAAAGUCAUUCUGCAUUUCCCCCGCUUAUCGGAUGCAAGCAAAGGAAAGCGGAAGACUUAGUUUUCCUCUUCUGUGCAAUGGGAACAAUAGCACAACAGCCCUGUGAAUAAGGCCUGGGCGGGUUGACUUUAAUAGAUAAUGAAUAGUUACGUUCUGCUUUGAAGAUGAUGAGCCUGCUGGAGCAUCCCUAUUUUUUUUCUUCAGCUUGCAAAAGCUGAAUUUUCACCUACGUUUGAACAUUGCCUCCCUGCUGCUGCUGCUGCUGCUGCUGCUGUUGCUUUUUUGAUGUCCUUUUUUGAUGUUGGGAGUCAGCCUUCCUGGUGUUUGCUGUUAUUAUUCAGCACACUAAAAUCUAUAUACCGCUUCAUCGCAAUUGUCUCCAAGUGGGGUGCACCAAGCUCAACAAAUGCAGCAAAGCUAAAUCCAGUUAAAAAACCUAACUUAUGACGCCUGCGACUUUCAAAACUGCAGUUGUCUGGAAGAGAGUGAGAGGAGUUUAACUUCUGGGUAAACUUGCACAGGCUAGGGCUUUAAGGCUGCCACUGAGAUCUCAUAGGAAGAAAAGUUCUGCCCUGUUAUUCUGCAGGGUCUCCUGUGCCAGAAAUGAAAUCCACAUGCUGAUAAGAAUCAGGGAUUAAAAAAAUAGUUUGCGAAACUGAGAAGCCAGCUGGAAUCGAGGAGAGAGAUGGGGAUGAACCAGAGGAGAGGAGGGAUCCUGUCCUCCUCAGUCUAUUUUUAUUGUUCCAAAUAAGAGGCCCAAACUAGACUUGUCUUACCUGUGCAUCUUCUCUUUGCUUGUUCCCCAGAGAAGUCCAGUGCCUGCCCAUGUUAAUUGCUCUGGACUAGUGCAGGGGAGAAAUUCAUUCCUUUCGCAUUUAAUGGCAACCUACCAAAUUAACCCUCCCCAGAGUGUGAAACAUAACUCUAGUUGCAAUUUUCGCUUCUCCCGAUUUGGUGAUGGAGUUCUCCAACCAAAGAAGGCACAGGAAAUUCCAUGUGCAUUCAGGCACACUUCCUUUGUACCCCGGUUUCUAGGCAUGGGUGUGAGAAGUUUUUCUUUUGCACCGUUGCUUUCCUGCAGCAAACCUGAUAGACGUUUCUUCCGAUUCAGCAGAAAACGGCAGGUUUUCCUGGGGCAGUAUGAAAGGAAAAACCUCUUGGUCCCAUGCUUAGAAAUCUGGGACAAACGGAAGUGUGGAAGAGCGCUUAGUGCAGCGGUUGUCAACCUGUGGGUCCCCAGAUGUUGUUGGACUACAACUCCCAUCAUCCCUGAGCUCUGGCCUUGCUAGCUAGGGGUGAUGGGAGUUGUAGUUCAACAACAUCUGGGGACCCACAGGUUGAGAAAGGCUGCCUUAGUGGAAAGGGACAGAUCGCUGGUCUAACUCAGCUUUCUAUGCUCCUGUGAUUCAUGCUAGGAGCAUCGCUGGCUGAAUUUCAUUUCUAGGACAGGAGACUAGGAAUAAAGGUAAAGGUAAAGGGACCCCUGACCAUUAGGUCCAGUCGUGGCUGACUCUGGGGUUGCGGCGCUCAUCUUGCUUUAUUGGCCGAAGGAGCUUCCCCUGAUUUUUUGCCUUCUUGGCUAGAAAACAGGGUUUCCCCCCUGACCGUUUGUCCUCUCACAGAUUUGAUUACUAGACAUAACGCUUGGCUGGAGCAUGGCUGGGAAUUUGGGAAUUCAGGAGCAGGGACCGAGCAACGGGAGCUCACCCCGUUGCAGGGAUUCGAACCGCCGACCUUCUGAUCGGCAAGUCCUAGGCUCUGUGGCGAACCGGAGCAGCACAUGGAAAUGCCGUUUAUCUUCCCGCCGGAGCGGUACCUAUUUAUCUACUUGCACUUUUUACGUGCUUUUGAACUGCUAGGUUGGCAGGAGCAGGGACCGAGCAACGGGAGCUCACCCCAUCGAGGGGAUUCGAACCGCCGACCUUCUGAUCGGCAAGCCCUAGGCUCUGUGGUUUAACCCACAGCACCACCCGUGUCCCGAACUUAGGGUAGUUUGCCUUUAAAUGUCAACUGAAUUGAAUCCCCCCUCCAUUCCUAUGUGGAAUGGAGUCCCACCAUGCCUAGUGGAGCAUUCUCCCUUGUAAUGGUCCCAAAGACUGCAGCCUUCAGCUCUCUGAUGAAUCUGAGAAGGUCACCAGCAUGCUUAGUCCUGCCCAUCAACAGCGAAGUGGGAAAAUAUGGACAAGACAGGCUUUUGUAAGCAGCAUGCUCAGACACCCACGUCACCUUCAAAGCAGGAUGCAUGCACUCAUUGUCUAUUAAAACAAACCCUCCCAGGCUUUACUCACGGGGCAUCGUGCAAUUUAAAUCCUCCCCCCCUUAAUAUUAAUCACCAGGCAAUUGCUUUUUGCACCUGAACCAGCCUUUAGCUACCCUAGGAAGAAAGUUAAGAAAUAUGCCGUAUUCUGGACAUACCUGUCCUUGUGGUUUAAAAUGGGCUGUAGGCUUUGUACAUAUUAUUAUAUAUUGAAGUGUGUUGAGAGAGCAACACUUUGGGGCAAAUUUUAGGGAGAGGUGGGGAGAGGCCUGACCGCGAGCCUGUAAUUUAUCUGCUGGAUGGACAAGAUAAAUAUGUAACUGCGGAGGCCGUGCAUUUUCUGUCUGUAGUAAGCAAGGAGAGGAGAAAAUUAUUAUGUUGUAUCUUGCCAGGAAGAUAUUUCAGAAUCUUCUACUUGUUUUAUGCCAAUCUUCACUUAGGUUUCACAGAGGUUUAUUCGGAUUGGCAUCAUUUUGUUUUAUUUCAUUUUAAUAUUUUGUAACAGUGGAACAAUAUUUCCGUUUUAAUGGAGCAUGUUGUGAUCUGCCAAGGAUGGUUGGCAUUCUAAGAAUGUUUAUGUUGCAGUUCACCUAAGUUAAGAACUAACUUCAUUCUAUUUUGAUACUGGUUUUUUUUUGUCGUGGUCUGAUGACUGGACACAAAUGGAUGAAUCAGAGCUGAACUGAACCAUUCUCUAACGAGCUCCAGGUGGCAAAGGAGGAUGGGGGGCAAUUUAAUUAAAAGUGACCCCCUUUUCCCAUAGGGAAUUUGCUGCCAUCACAUGUAGUCUGGUCCCAAGUUCACAGCAGAGGCACAAUUUGAUUGGGGAUUUAUUGCUUUAGAACACAGUUCAGUACUGGGCUUCAGUGGAUCAUAAGCACAAAGUUUUAUUUUUAGGGCAAACGAGGAUAUUUCUUUCUCAAGCGACAGCUUCCCUCUCCACGGAUGGUCUGCUCUUGAAGCAGAUUUUGAUAAGGAUUUGGGGUGGAGGCGCUGUUCAAAGGAGAGAAUGUUGAAAACAGCAACAACCAACCAACCAACCUCAAGCUCCUGGUUGCAUCAGAAGCAACUCUUUGCACCCUGGCAGGAUUUGGGACGCUGGAUUUGAAGUUCUCCCAAGUCAGGUUCAGGAAAAAUACUUUGCGAGUUUGUCCAUGCCUGACUCAAAGGAGAGAUGAGCUUUAACAAACCCCAGAGUUAUUUUCUGGGGCCAGAAUCUGAGCCAGAGAAGGAUUUCUGGUUUCUCCCCUUAUCCUGCUUCUCCCCAACUUGAUGUUCUCCAGAUGUUUUGGGCUACAACGUCCAACUUCCAGCCAGCUGUUGGGAGAGCAGCUGCAAAGCUCAAGCCCGAUAAUGGACCUGGCGGUGGAAGCAGUCCUCCACACCUAGCACCACUGAUUUUUGUCCUUGCAGCCUUUUAAAUUCUCUCUGUACGCAAUGAAACAGAGCAACGUUGCUCUAUCACAUUGAAUAGUGGAAUAUUUUAGAGGCUGAAAUUUGAAUCGUUUUUCUGGACGUUGGCUUGUAAACAAUGGUCUGGGGGUUCCCCAAAUCUCAGCCCUUUCUGAAUUAAUGCGAGAUGAGCUUGGGAGAGCUCAUCCAUCUUUGUUCAGGAUUGUGUGCAUCCUGCAAUUCUAUUGAAGCGCAGCAAAAACAAACAACCAACCCCCCCCAAAAGCUAGAAUCAGUUGUCAAAAACCGCAGGAUUCAGCUUCCUGAAAAUACGAACUUCCAUUGGGUACAUUUCAAAAAAUCAAUUUUCUAGCUUUUUUUUUUAUUGUACUAGAGCAUAAUUUAAAAUGCUUUGUGCCAAGUGUCAUCUAGCCCUGCCUAUAUUGGUUUUAUAAAACAUACAAUCAGCCCUAUUGAAUAAAUAAUAGGAUGCUAUGGUUAAGUCUCUCUUGCCUACAAUGCCAGCCACCUUUGUGGAAAAGAAUUAAGGGAAUCGACCGUAGGUAGCUACUUGCAUACAAGAUCCGCAGCUUUGAUGACAAUGAAUUAAGGCUGCAGUGUGCAAUUGGCUAGAUGCGUUGAUUUUUAUCAAACAGCCUUUUGAUUAAAGCAGGUGUCCUCCUUGAUUUGGUAAUAGAUUUUUUAAUGGAAGAAUUAAUAGUAACUGCAGUCGAUGGGCACCAUCUUAAAAUGUAUAGAACCUAGCCUGCUGUUGAAAGGGAAAAUCAACAUGUGUUGCUUUGGGCGCCACUGGCAAGUGGCCCUCAGAAGGCUGCAGAGAAGGGAAUGUGGCCCUUAUGCUGGAAAGGAUUCCCAAUCCAUGAGGUACCGUAUUUGUCGCUCUAUAGGACGCACUUUUCCCCCUCCAAAAAUUAAAGGGAAAUGUGUGUGCGUCCUAUGGAGUGAAUGCAGGCUCCUUGGCUUCAGCGAUAGCAAUGCGAAGCCUCCAAAGCGCAGAGGGAGCGCUCCCUCCGCGCUCCGGAGGCUACGCGUUGCUUUCGCUGAAGCCUGGAGAGCGAGAGGGGUCAGUGCGCACUGAUUCCUCUCACUCUCCAGGCUUCAGGGAUAGCCGCCUGAAGCCUUCAGAGCGCAGCAUGAGUUCCCGCUGCGCUCCGCAGGCUUCGGGUUCCUUUUGCUGAAGCCGGGAGAGCAAGACUCUCCUGGCUUCAGCAGAGAGGGAGAGCUGCUCAGCGCCCCUUCAGCCAAGCAGGAGGAGAAAUGGAAGGGGCUCCGUUUCUCCUGUUGCUUCGCUGAAGGGGCGCUGAGCAGAGAGGGGGAGAUUUUUUUUCUUCUUGUUCUCCCCCUCUAAAACAAGGUGCGUCCCAUGGUCGGGUGCGUCCUAUAGAGCGAAAAAUACGGUACAUCCUUUUCUCUCUCUCUCUUUCUCACAGGUCAUUGUCCAGAGGUCUCUCUCAGCAAAGAACCUCAAUCAUGCCAAGGCCGGGUCCAUCCUAGCCAGCUAUUUGAAAAUGCUUCCCAUGGUUGUCAUAAUCAUGCCCGGAAUGAUAAGCCGGAUCCUGUAUCCAGGUAAGCUGCAAUAA